AAUGAAGUAUGAAGAGAGAGAAUAUGUGGUGCCAGCCAGCCAUGAUAUGUUAGGAUCAAACCUUUCUCUCUCUCCACAGCUGGCACUAUAUUUACACACAACCCCCUCUCUUACAUUUAUAACCCCAUUUCUCUCCACGCUCUGAAUUAAUAUGUGAGAUUUCUUUCACACACCAAAAGGGGCAUUUUAAUGGUUGAUCACUGCUUCUUAUCAACAACAACAACAAUGGUUGCAUCCCCUUCUCAUGGCUGUGUUGAAAAGAAAUACUGGUGGCUCACCAACAAAAAGAUUGUUGAUAAGUAUGUGAAGGACGCUAGAGCCCUAAUUUCAUCACUGGAACAAAGCGAUAUUGCGUCAGCCCUGAAUCUGGUUGAUGCAGCGCUUGCAUUAUCACCGAGAUAUGAACAGGCUCUGGAGCUCAAAGCCAGAUCUCUUCUAUAUCUCCGACGAUACAAAGAAGUCGCUGAUAUGCUUCAGGAUUAUAUACCUAGCCUGAAAAUGUCGUCUGAUGAUUCAACCACUUCGUCUUCCUCAUCCUCUGUUUCAUCCGAUGGAAACUCUCAACCUCUGUCCAGAGAACGAGUCAAUCUUCUUUCCUCUGGUGAUAAUGCUGAACCGUCGUUUAAGUGUUUCUCUGUCUCCGAUCUGAAGAAGAAGGUCAGAGCUGGCCUCGGUAAAAAUUGCGACAAAGAAGGUCAAUGGAGGUAUUUAGUUUUAGGUGAAGCGUGUUGUCACCUAGGGUUAAUGGAGGACGCAAUGGUGCUUCUACAAACCGGAAAACGCCUUGCCUCCGCCGCAUUCCGCCGUGAAAGCAUCUGCUGGUCCGACGACAGCUUCUCCUUCUCGGCCGAUAUCAUCACAGACGGCAACCAGCCACAAACGCCGCCACGAACAGAGUCCGAAAGCAUCUGUCACCUCCUCGGCCACAUCAAGCUUCUCGUCCGUCGCAAAACCGCUGCAAUCGCCGCCUUAGAAGCUGGUCUAUACACCGAAGCAAUCCGCCAUUUCUCCAAAAUUGUUGACGGUAAACGAGGCGCACCUCAAGGUUUCCUAGCCGAGUGUUAUCUACACCGUGCUUCGGCUUAUCAAUCCGCUGGUCGGAUCGCUGAGGCGAUAGCGGAUUGUAAUCGAACCCUAGCUUUAGAUCCGUCGUGUAUUGAAGCCUUAAGUACAAGAGCUUCACUAUUCGAAUCGAUUCGGUGUCUCCCUGACUCUCUUCAUGACCUUGAACACUUGAAACUUUUGUAUAAUUCGAUUCUCCGUGAUCGGAAACUACCCGGUCCAGCGUGGAAACGUCAAAGCGUUCGAUACAGAGAGAUUCCGGGAAAACUUUGUUCGCUAGGUACCAAAAGUCAAGAGCUGAAGCAGAGGAUUGCUUCAGGGGAAACAGGGAAUGUGGAUUACCAUGCUUUAAUCGGUUUGAGACGCGGUUGUUCACGAUCCGAAUUGGAGCGAGCGCAUUUGUUGCUUGCGCUGCGUCACAAACCGGAUAAAUCGAUAACCUUCAUUGAUCGGUGCGAACUCACUGGUGAAGUUGAUGUGGAUUCGAUUAGAGAGCGGGCAAAGAUGUCUGGUAUAUUGUUAUACAGAUUGAUCCAAAGAGGUUACACCAAUGUUUUGCGCAUGAUUCAAGAGGAUGAAGUUGCUGAAAAAGAGAGGAAGAAAGCUUCUGCAGCUUUACAACAAGAAAUGCAGUUGCAACAUCAAGAGCCCGUUAAAACCGUGAACAAAAUGGACGAUCAGGAUUGCGAAAACAAAAAGGCGGCAUCGGUUUAUCAAGGGGUGUUUUGUAGGGACCUUGCAGUGGUUGGGAAUUUAUUGUCACAAGCGCGUUUUAACCGUCCGAUUCCGAUGAAGUAUGAAGCUCUAAGCUGUUGAUGUAGAUGGUAUAAGGACCAGGAUCAGGAUCAGCACCAUGGCGAAAGAAUAUUAUUAUAAUUAUAAAUAAAAGUGGAAGUCAUUUUUGUACAAAAGGGGAAGGGGUAAUUUACAAAGGAAAGAAGCCAAAAAAGCCUGGAAAUUUUUGUUGUUUUUUUACUAGUACUCGUAUGAUAUUACCUUUUGGUCUCGUACAUGUGCAGUGUUAAUCUGGGUUAAACUGCGGGAUUUGUUGGUAAAAAUUGAACGGUAAAAAAGUGGUUGGUUGGUUGAAUCAUGAAUGAUUUGGUUUGUCUU